GUCUUUGGUGUUAUCGUAGAACCACCCAAAGAAGAGAAAAUAGGCACCACCCUUCGUGGUAUAAAAACUCUUAGAUCCGCCGUUGGAACACCAACACAGUCAUACCAAUAUAACCAGAAGUGACCUAUUCACACACUUCCUCAACAAAAUGCUACCUUUAAUAUUGAUAUGCCUGGCUGCGAUCGCCUACGGUCAGCAGCCAACUACUAUAUACUCCACUUCCACGGCAUCCCAAAUAGAAUCCGAGGAAGAGAAUGCUAAAACGGUUCCUGUGCUGUAUUCACUUGGACAAACAAACUACAAUGCUUACCAACCCGCAGCUCAGCAACGACGUCCGGUCUACACAGCACCUAGAGCUCCAGAAACAUACAAUUACAGUCCAUAUUCUUUCAAUUAUGUAGCCCAAGGGGAAGAUGGAUCUAGUUCCAGACAAGAGACUGGUGAUGCUUCUGGUAGAGUUGUGGGGUCUUACACAUUAGCGGUUGAUGAUGGACGCCGAAGAGUUGUUGAAUAUAUUGCUGAUCAGGAUGGCUUCCGAGCUACUAUCGACACUAAUGAGCCUGGCACAGACGUCCAGAACCCAGCAGAUGUCGUCUUCCAUUCUGCUGGAAUUGGCCGAGCCAACCAACAGACACAAACUGCUUACAGGCCAUCAACAUCCUACAGACAAAGACCAAGCAGGAUCUACAGCCAACCCAAUAUUGUGAGGCCAGUCUAUCACCGAGCUGACGCAUACUACGGGUACCAUCCUCAUGAUAGCCACGCAUAUGAUCAGUACAGACAUGCGGGUCACGCUUCGUCGUAUUACCAUGAUGAUAAUAGGCCCAUUGGAUGGAGAAUUUUCUAGAUGGACGGAAGAAAUUCAUUUUCUGGAAGUUUCGCAUCACUUAACACAGGGACAUCUGAGAGGCGUUACCUGGUGAAACUUUCAAGUGAAACUAACUGUGCCAAAUAUAUUUUUAUUUUUUAAGAUAAUGGUUGAAGAUAUACAUAUAAAGCCCUUGUUUGUUUCCUUGAAACGUAUAAGAAUACAACCAGUAAUGUAAAUAUAUGUGUUUAAUGUACCAGAAAUACAACAAAGAAUAAUAAUUUAACUCUGACUGUAAUAUUUUGAAUAAAAUUUGGAAACCAGUUA